AGAAAAUACCUGUUGAGAUAAGAUCUGGGAAACUCAUUGCUUUUGACUGGCAGAUACAUGCCCUAUAGGUAGAGGGCCAAUCAUACAGCACGACACAAAGCUAAUAAGCUUUUUCUCUGUAGUGAGAUGCAAAAGGCUGUUUUAUUGGUCUGUUUAGAAUAGUGUGGGCAGGGCAUACUAUUGACAUUUAUUCUCAGAAUUUAAACAGGAGCUUAAACCUUUUUCUCCUAGUGUCAAAGUAGUGAUUGGCAGAGUGGUUUUCAGUCGAGACAGUUUAGAAAGAAAUGUAGCAUAAACUGUAUUUUUUAUUUAUUAAAUGAAGAUCAUGCAUAUACAUAUGUGAUGACAACUUUCAUUGUGGAUUUUCACACUCGCUAGUUGAAGAAUUACUUGAGAUAGCAGUGAGUGGACAAUAUGAAUAGGAACUUGUCACAUUGACAGAGAAGACAUAUUACUCCUAUUUUCAUUGGAAAUAAGAGCGAAAAAUACAGCCAUGGUUAAGAGUUCUUUUAGUUUUGUGCCAAGAUAAAGAUUGUUACAGGAGAAAGUGAUCAAGCAUAUCAUUAGAAGGAAUAAUACUGCGUGUGGCAGCUGCAAUUUCGUAGGAUUUCCUCGCUAUUCAGUGAUAUCUGCUCACUACUGAGUUCCUGUAACUAAUUGAAGGGUUUCCUGUAAGCUGAUUAUGUGUGGCAAGACAUGAAAUCCAAUUAAUUAAUGACAAAGAAGCAGGCAGUUGAACAGACACGUGGAUUUCCAUUCGGAUUAUCGUUUUCUUGGUAAAAAUAAUCUUAUGCUGAAAGAAAAUGAUAUUUGCCAGCUUUACUGUAAGAUGGGCACAGUCAGAGUAUUAAAUUUUAUCAGCAUUUUUUUAAUGAAAACUGCCAAGUAAAUUUUUUUCCUAUCAGAGCAGUUUGUCUGGAUUAGUGACAAAGCACCUCUCAUUCAACGAAAAAAUUAUUUUGGUCUGGAUUUUAAGAGUUGCUGCCUUGCAUCUUAAGCACUAGUGAGAACACUUUGGAGAUUGAGUUUCAGACAGCGCCUACUCAUCAGCCCAUUGUUAUGUAGGAGUUAUGACACCCUGGUGAAUUAUGAAAAGACUGCCAACAGAUCAGAGAAUUGAAGAUAAAUGAGACACUUGGAAGACCAUUUGUCAGAGCUGUAGAUUACUGUUCACUAUUGCGUGCGGCAGAUGACAUGCAUGUAACAAGGCGUUAAUUUUCUCACUAGAAGGAGCCGACGUUUUUCAUCCAGACUGGGUUAUUUCAUUAAAAGACUGUUAUUUUGGAUGCUUGGCAGUUUCAUUACAUUUAUUUCUGCAUGUCAAAAAGUUUGAUGGAUUGAGCAGAUUUUGUAGCAGUUUGUCCCCAUUCGUAUUGAUAUCAAUACAUGUAUUAGUGCCACCCCAAAUAUUUGAAAAUAAUGGUGAGUGCAUGGCAUGUUGAGUUUUAACAGACUUUAGAUAGAAGUGUUUUAUACUAAACCAAGAAAAUAACUGAUAGUGAAGGAAAUAUGGAUGUUGGAUUAUUCACAGGAAAAUACACCUUUAACAUUAUAAGAACUGCUUAGUGAUUUAAAUUCUGCAGUUGUUAUAUUUCUAUUUAUUUUAUGAACUUAGUUUUGUUUUAUUCUGAAUUAUUAAGAUCUGGUCGUGUACAGGUUGAGUCCAUCACAUACCAGUAGGUGCAGUUUGAUUGAAGGGAAUUUGUACAUAGUUUGUGCUUAAAAAUUUCCUGAAAAGAAAACAAAAAGUCUCAGGGUUGUUGGCCUAUCACAUUGAUCAGCAGUGUUAUGUACUAAAUGAGAUUCUUAUUAUUCUUUUUCCAUUUGUUCAGAUCAUAAGUGAAAACAGAAUGCCUCUCCAAGAGAAGCCAGGUUCCAACCUCUCAGUUCUGCUGUUGAACAGUUCCGUAGAGCAUGAUGCAGAUGUCUCCUCAGACUUUGCAUUCAAUUGUUCUUAUGAUAAUGUCAGUGGAAACUGCACUAACAUCGACCCAGUCACGCAGAACAGUUUACUCCAUAUCAUGAUGAGCAUUCUUUUUUAUGCUUUUUGCGCUGCUGGCAUAGUAACAAAUAGUUUGUCCCUAAUUGCAAUAUACCACACAUCCAGACCAUUCAAACCAAAAAGAAUUUUUAUCACAAAUCUGGCAGCGGUGGACUUGGCCACAGUUCUGUUUAUAUUAUUAACAGACAUGAUAGACCAAAGCCACAUUUGUAGUAACAUGUCCACUACCAUUCUGAUAUCAGUUUACGAAGUCUCUGGGCUCACAGUUUUGACUUUGACAAUCGACAUGUUCAUUGCAGUCUGUGUGCCCUUGCACUACUCCUUGUCCAUGACCAAGGUGCGGGCUUGUAUUAUUGUUGCCAUUAUUUGGGGAUUCAUCAUUGGAAAAGAUUUGCUAUUCAUUACCGUAGGGGGAAGCCUGUAUGGAAGUGAGACUCUCUGUGAAGGCGCCACCCCAGCAUUUCCCUCCCCUUUGGUGUACUUCAAUGCAGUGUUGUGUGCCCUCAUAUUGCUGUUGUCAUUAAUAUUGUACAUUACAAUUUUCCUGGGCAUUAGAAAACACCAGAGCAUGUUGCACAAUGUUGAGACAAGGGUUCAGAUCAAAAUGAACCUCAAAACCACUGUUACUCUUCUUCUCCUCUACUCGUCGCUGUUAGUGAGUUGGGGCCCAUGGAUUGUAGCCGUGGUCUUAAUUAGCUUUGGCUACGGAAGCCCUCCUGUGAAUAAGUUGCUGAUGGCAGGGUUGUUUUUAAUGCUAUUUAAUGUCUUGUCCGAUUCCAUUGUCUUUGGCAUCCGCAUGCCUGAUAUUCGAAAAGGCUUGAGGAAGGCAUUCAAGAUGAAGUCCCGCUCGGCACGUUCUUACGCGAGCUGCCCCACUAUGAAUGGUAGUUUACGGGUAUCUACAUCUAUAUAAGGCAUGCCGUUGGUGAAAUUUAAAGAAUCCAUGAAAUGCAAGGGUGGUCGAAAGCCUUCUUCUGGGUCUUCUGGAAGAUGGUCAGAAUUUUUUAAGUUUACAUUUCUGUUGGAAGAUGGUCAA